AUGUGUGAUAUAUGUUCAGAUUUGCUCUUUAUGUUGGAAAGCUACGAAGAAAGAUGUCAAGUUGGUGGCUUCCAGAUGAGCAAGAAGGACAUUAUGUCCUUUGUAAAUUUUGUUUGUGUUUGGCCUCAAAGACAAUGUAUGUGUUGCUUCAAAAAUUCGAAAAAUUUCGAAAAGCUCAACAACAUGGUGCAGUUGAUAUUGAGUGUAGCUAUUCGAGUGAUCCAGACAUUGCCAGAAGAUUUCCAGCAAGAACAGCAGAGACAGAAAGACAAAGAAGCUGCUCAGACUGAAGAGAAAAAAGAAAGAAGCAUGGACACUGAUGAAGAUGAUGAAUCUGAAGAUCCAGAGAAAUGGAGUAUGGAAGAAAAAGAAAAAUUGCUUCAUUCUGUUACCAAAAUAUUCCUGAUGAACUUUCCAUCCUACAUAGCUUACAAACAUGUUGUUCAUCCGUCUCGAGAGGACCAUUCACAGCAAGAAAUUAGUGCUUUGAAUAGUUACUGUGAAAUAUCAGAUCCUGAGGUUCCUUUGUUCCUGCUUCAGAAUGUGUGCUAUUUCUGUGAUAGUAAUGGGAUCGGUGCUCUGCGUCAGUGUUUUGAGAAGGGAACUCCAGACACACUGCCUUUUACAUUUGCUCAUAUACUCAUCACCCUUAUCGCAAAUUUACGCUUAUGGAUGAAUAUUCCAACUGUGAUGCAAUAUAUAAUACCCCUUAGAACGGCUGUAAUUAGGUAUAUGUGUAAGCUAUCUGACAAAGAUUUGCGGAUGGCAGGAAAUCGUAACAUGACAGACCUAAUGUGGGCAGCAGUCAAAGAGCCUUUGGAGGCCCACUUCACCUUUGACAAGGAAGGGCUGGACCUAGCCUUCAAAUACUUUACCUGCUCUACACUUACCAUCAGGUUGGCUGGGAUAGCCCAGAUCAAUAAUCAAAUUAACCUGUACAAUGAGAGUUGUAAUAACGAGACCCUGUUGGAUGCAGACAGAGUUGGACAUCAUUUGUCUCAGUGGCUAUUGGAUAACAAGAUCAUAGAACAUAUAUUUGGACCAAAUCUACAUGUAGAGCUUAUAAAACAGAGCCAGUUGAUCUUGAACUUAUUAGCAAUGGAAGGCAAGAUCACCAGUGAACACAUUGACUGUGUCUGGGCUUCUAGUCAGUUAAAGCACUGUAGUAAACAAGUGUAUGACAUUCUGAUUCCACUGAUUAAGAAUCUAGAUGUACAUCCAGUCCAGCAUUUACUCAGACUUGUGUCGGCCCUGGAACCCACUUCACACACAGAAUCUACUUUAUACCUUGCCUCUGCCCUAAUCAAAUGUAUUUGGAACACAUGUGUGGCGUCCCAGACAUCGGUGGCACAACACCAUGCCCAUGCACAAGCCCAGUAUACUGCUCUGCAGCAGGACGAGGAAAUGCAUGAAGGGAAAGCUGGGAAACAUGAGAUGAGUAGUAGUGAAAGCAUUCAGAUGUCUGAGGAUGGAGAGAGUGAAAAGUGUUGAAGUCCUGCCAAAAAGCAGCCUAGGGCUAAAGAUCAUGGCCAGAAGGUUAAGGACAAUCAGCAUGAAAAACACAUGGAAGAUGUGGACUCUGAAGGUUUACAUGGUCACAGCGCUGACAGUGAGCUUGAACAUAGUGGUGAGUCUGAUGACCACAGGCAUGUUCGUCGUCAUCCAAUUCGCCAUCCACGACGUGAUAGUGAUGGAAGUGACAGUGAGAUUGAUGGGAGCGAGUCUAGUGAGGAUGAAGAGUUGGAGGAGGGAGAAGUGGCUGAUAGUAGGCAUCGUCAACAAUUACUACAAGCCCACCGCCGUGCUGUAGCCAAGUACCACUGCAACCAUCACCAUGCACACCACCAUGACACAUCCGAGGAAGAGGAAGAAGAAGAGGAGGAGGACGACUCAGAAUAUCUUGAGGACUCUGAAGAUGAAGAACUUCUGAAGGAAGCAAAGCUGGUUCACAUGAAGCAUGCAUGUCAGGACAGCGAAGGAAGUUCUGAUUUUGAGGAUGAAGCUAGAAUGGUCCAUGAGGGAAAAAUGUCAUACCAGAUGGCCCAGAGGAUUCUAAGAAAGCACCAACAGCAGCAAAGGAUACUACACCAGGCACAUCAGCUAGCUCUGCAAAGUCAACAGAAGGUGAGGCGGAGAGGUGAACGCCCCAAAGGUCAUAGUCAGAGAAAGGUCAAGUCCAGUGAAGAUCAACCAGAAGCUAGUGAAGAAGACAAGGGAGAAGACAAGGAUGCUAGUCAGGAGCAUACCAAGCAAGAGGACCUUGCCAACACCUCUCUGGUAGGUAGCCACUCCCCUGGAGGUCUCACCCCUGGCCAGGAGACGGAGAUAUUUGACUGUUCCUCGUUCAUACAGCAAGUGGGAGUGCAGCGUCAGAGGCAGAGGCACAUACAAGGUCGAGAGUACAUAGAGAACAUCAUGAGUCCUGAUGAUGGUGAGGGCAGCUGUCAUAGUUCACAUAUCAGUACCAAAUCAGAGAAGAACAUGGCUGACUUUGAGGGUGAGGACUUCAUCAGUGAUGAGGAGCUAGCUCAGAUUGAUGCCAGCCGCUCUUUCAAUCCACAUCAGAUGCAGCAACACCUGUCCAGUCUUGCUUCCAUGUACCACACACACAUGCCACAUGGUUAUAUUUGUUUGUUUGUUGUAGUGAUCCACCAUCGCCCUCAGCAAAUGUUCCCUUGUCACCCAUCAGACUUCCCAUUUGAUGACGUGUGUGGUAAAGGAAACACACUGCUGUGGGAUCUAGUCCAGGAGGAAACAGCUCAUAUGUUACCAGAGGGACUAGCCAUGGAAGCAGAGAAAGCACUAUGUACUUUGGUGUGCUAUUCUACAGAUAGAAAAAUCAAGAUGAAGUUUAUUGAAGCUUGUAUAGAAAACCUGUCUCAGAAUAAAUCAGUAGUGGUAUCCCUUCGACUCCUACAAAAGAUCUUCAGUUCCUUCCAACCUUACAGGAGUGGGGCAGACACACACCAUGUCACCAUGUGGGCUGAAAAGGAGCUACACAUGAUGAGUCAUUUCUUUAUCAAUCUAGUGUACUACACUGAGGCAAUACAGGCAGGCAAUGCCACUAUCACGGCAAUGUACAGUCACAAAGAACAGGUACAAGUACGACUGGACUUCCUCACCUGUGUUUUCUCUGCUAUGGGUUCUCCCGAUGGUUUUAGACUGAAUUUGGAACAAGUUGACACACUGUGGCGCUGUAUAGCUUUGGACACUGAAUGUUCUGAUGAGUGUCUUAAGUGGUUUCUCAAUCAGGCUAAAAGUAAAGACCACCACGCCAUGGGCCUGGAAACAUUCAAACACAUCUUUCUGGAAAAGAUGCCUCAACUGAAGCCAGAAUCCAUGAGCAUGAUUGGCCUAAACUUGUUUCAACAGUUAUCACAUCUGACGAGGAUUGCUAAUGCAUCAUUGGAUAAAUCCCUGACAGAGGAUCAGGUCUGUGGUAUGGAUCAGCUGUGGAAUAUUGCCUUGAAGGCUACAAACACAGAUGUCAGCAUCACAGCCAUACAGAUCCUCAACAGUUACUACAUCAACUACGGCAAUGGUCAGCUGGAGAAAGAGGAGGAAUUUGUACAACGAUGUAUGGAUAGUCUUGUUCAGGCUCUGUCAGAUCUCAACCAGAAUCCUGAUACCAAUUUACUAGUCAUUCAAAGAGGUUUGGUGCUAUUGAAAAACCACUUGGAAGCGUUCAGGAAACGGUAUGCCUACCACUUGCGUAACUGGCAGAUAGACGGGAAGGGAAUCCGUAGUCAUCAGCGAUCCAUCCACGACAAACAAUCAUCUAUGAUGAGAGUGAUUCUACAGCCAGCAGGCAUGACAGACAAGACCCAAUUAGAGAUGUCCUCAACAGACCUGGUGGCAGAGUUGCGUGCAGAGGUGACUCGUUGGUGGGAGGGGCUACACAAACAACAGCUAGCUCGACAUCAGGCAGAAGGUGCCCACAGCAGCACUAUGUUGUCACCAAUCCUUGGUGCCAUGCUCGGAGACGGUCCCAUUCGCAUGAUCACCCUUGGACAAGACCUCACAGUGGACAUGGAUGAGAAGUCCCUAGGUGACAUGCAGUUCAAAGACAUGCAGCUUGUGUUUGUAUCAGUGGGGGCCAGUAGACCCCAGCGUAAGAUGGACGGCAGUAUCCCAUCAUCAUGUUUACCUGCACCCUCCCACAGCAAGCUGCCAGUGAUGUUAAUGAUACAGGAGCCACACUUCAGCAAGCUCUUUACCCUACUAGAGAGGCUUGGCAAGCUUGACUUCACCUCUACAGAGAUGGAGAGUCAGGAACGGUGGGGCCUACAGACCAAGGCUCGGGUGUUAUCAAGGAAAGUGUGGGAACUUCUCAUGUUACUGCCUACCAACCAAAGUAUGCUGGAGGGCUUUAACAGUAUUGUCUCGGAGGAGAGUGCAGAGAAGGCAGACCACUGGGACACAUUACUGGCACCCAAUGCUCCUCACAAACUCAUGUACUCGCUACAGAUUGUAGAAGCUCUCUCUCGUACACCACGCCAUCGCAGGAAGUUCUCUAUGAGGUCAGGUGCUGGAGACUCGAGAGCUAUGAGCACAGAUUCUGAGAUGGACACUGAUAGUAGCGAAGAGAUCUGGAGCCAGAAGUUUAUAACAAAGGGAGGUUUAAAACACUUGCUGAACAUUUUCAAGUCAGGUGUUCUACAAGCUAGAGAAGAAGAGGCAUGGAGUCAAUGGAACCAGGAAUGUCUGGCCUAUCUGCUGAGACUGAUCAGCCAGUUCUCUGUGGAAUUGUCAGAUGCAGAAGCUGGUCAUGAUGAUGUGUUUGAGUCUUAUGAAAGUCCCAGGAAAAAGAUGAAGCGUCAUAAAGGUGGCAGCGAGAAAAUCAUUAUACCUAGACUGAAUCAGUCCACAUUGUCCAUGCUGAACAUCGAGUCUAUCCUGAAGAUCCUCAUGCAGAUUCUGUAUGAUGCAGCCUUCCCUAGUGACACCAACCCGGUCAACACCGGGACGUGGGGCAGGGCUGAAGUGGUGCACUACUCCUGGUUGUUUCUGGUGUCCUGGGCCUACUCCAGUGAAGAAGUCAAGCACGCAUUGUGUUCAGCUCAGAACUUUGUGUCGUGGCUCCGUAGGCUUACACUGGAUGCACCCGAGCCAUUCGUGAGGCGCGAGGCAUGCAUGGGUCUGUACAGGUUGUGUCUUGGCCGCACUGCAGACAGUAAAACUGGUUACACACUUCUCAUGCCAAUGUUGUCUAGUCUACUCAGCUUCCUCAACGAAGCCCUUACUAUCAAACCUCAGCGCAACUUUGAUUUGGAUGGGCUGAAGGAAAAGGAACCCCAGGGGCCAGGCUGUCGGGACUACUUCUGGCUUGUUUGUCGUUUUGUGGACAGCAUUUCAAAGGAGGAUGCAAAGUCUGAUAAGGAUGAGAUUGUCAACAUCAACAACCUGGCAAAGGAUGUGUCAAAUCAUAUAAUGGAACGCCAAUACCUGGAGACCAGACAGGGGUUUGAGGAGGAUGAUGGAGUCAUAGGACUUCUCAAUUUGAUGACUGCUAUCAUCAAACACAACCCUACAUACAAACCAUCGCCAGAGGGACAGAGUUUCCUGGAAGAGGUGUUCUGGUUGCUGUUUGCUCUUCCUUCUCCUAGCAAGAGAUUUCUGCCCAAGUGUAAGAGCCAGACAAGUCGUUCUUCAGCUUAUGAUCUGUUGGUAGAGUUUGUUAAAGGCAGUGUUGACAAUUUUGGAAUACUUCACAAACUGAUGAUGAAACAACACACGAAAGAUGCCCACACCCCCUAUCCCUGGGACUACUGGCCACAUGAAGAUGGGAGGUCCAAGUGUGGUUAUGUAGGACUGACCAACCUUGGUGCUACUUGUUACAUGGCCACCUGUAUGCAGCACUUGUAUAUGUUACCACAGGCACGACAGUCUGUACUUCAGGCCAUAUGUUCAAAACAUAACAAGUAUGAAGGUACUAUGUCAGAACUGAAGAAGAUGUUUGCAUACCUACAGGAGAGUGAGAGAAAGGCAUACAACCCACGGAGUUUCUGUAAAACAUACACUAUGGACAAACAGCCUCUCAACACAGGGGAACAAAAGGACAUGACGGAGUUCUUCACCGACCUCAUUAGUAAAUUGGAGGAUAUGUCACCAGAAAUGCACAAGCUUGUGAAGAGCCUGUUUGGUGGUAUUCUGACUAACAACGUGGUGUCUCUGGACUGUCCCCAUGUCAGUAGGACUCUGGAAGAAUUCUACACAGUCAGAUGUCAAGUGACAGAUAUGAAAAACCUUUAUGAAUCAUUAGAUGAAGUGACAGUCAAGGACAUGUUAGAGGGAGACAAUAUGUACACUUGCUCAAAAUGCCAGAAGAAAGUGCGUGCAGAGAAACGGGCUUGUUUCAAGAGGUUACCUAGGAUACUGUGUUUCAACACAAUGCGGUAUACUUUCAAUAUGGUGACGAUGAUGAAGGAGAAAGUGAACACUCACUUUUCAUUUCCAUUGUGUUUGGAUAUGUCGCAGUACAUGGAGAAAACUCUCAUGGGACCAGACAAACUUAAAGUGGAUGAUGAUGAAGAUGAGCGACUACAGAUGCUGGAGAUGGAGGAUGAUGAAGAUGAGGGUUAUGAUUACGAGUUGACAGGUGUGACAGUACACACAGGGACAGCUGAUGGAGGCCACUAUUAUAGCUUCAUACGUGACCGCAUGCACACAACAGACAAUGGCCAGGAUAAAUGGUACCUAUUCAAUGAUGCAGAGGUGAAACCAUUUGAUCCAAGUCAGAUCGCUACGGAGUGCUUUGGGGGAGAGAUGACGAGUAAAACAUAUGAUUCAGUGACUGACAAGUUCAUGGACUUUUCCUUUGAAAAGACUAAUAGUGCUUAUAUGCUGUUCUAUGAAAGAUGUCCGAUAAAGAAAGACAAUGAUGAACCUAAAAAGUUACUAGAAGUUGAACCUGUCCAAAAGUUCAAUUUUGAACUUUCAAAGGAACUGGCUGAGUGGAUUUGGCAGGACAACAUGCAGUUCCUACAGGACAAGAACAUAUUUGAACACACCUAUUUUGGGUUUAUCUGGCAGAUCUGUGGCUACAUCCCUACAACCCUGUCUAAGGAUCCACAGCUUCAGGUGUCUCUUAGAGCCUCACAGCUGAGUACUUCAUUUGUCUUGGAGACCCUCAUACAUGCCAAGGAAAAGCCAACCAUGCUGCAGUGGAUUGAGUUGUUGACGAAGCAGUUUAACACCUGUCCUUCAGCAUGUGAGUGGUUCCUUGACCACAUGGCCGAGAGUGACUGGUGGCCCCAACAGAUCCUUAUCAAGUGUCCAAACCAGAUGGUGCGACAGAUGUUCCAGCGACUGUUGAUCCAUGUAAUAUCGCAGUUACGGUCAGCACACAUGGACUUAUACCUACAGCCAUUUAUUGAAGGUGAUGACGGUGAGAUAGAUGUGUCUGAGCUAGGUACAAAAUCCUGUGUAACAAGGUUCAUUAAGAAGAUGUUAACAAUUAUUGAACAUGGUGUGCGUCCCCACAGCAAGUACCUGACAGAGUAUUUUGCCUUCCUGUUGGAGUUUGCAAAGAUGGGAGAUGAAGAAUGUUUUUUCCUCAUCAACAGUAAUGCCAUCUCCACCAUGAUUGGCUUCUACAUGGGACAGAAGGCCCAAGAGAACUAUGUGGAGAUCCCAUCAGAUGACGAGGAGGAUGAGGUGAUCACUAUCACUGAUGAUAAUUAUAAGCCAAUGUCACUGGAAAAGAUGAUCACACUGAUAGCUUUACUGGUGGAGAAAUCCCGCAGUGAGGACAACCAGCUUCACAUUUCUGAUAAAGACUAUAACUCUGUCAUUGGAGGAAAAGUGAGUAACUACCACCUUGCCGGAUUCCCAUUCAUGUUCAACCAGAUCAGGGACAAUAUCAAUGUACGACAGACCUGUAACUUGAUCUUCAGUCUUUGUCGCUGGAAUGAGCAGCUAGCUGUAGCGAUUGUUACCAUGGUAUUUAGUGCUAUAAAGAAACUUAGUAUUGAGCACUCGCAACCCUUCUUCAAAUUGAUGUCAAUGCUUGUGGAAUUUGGGGGAGGCCCUCCAGGAUUACCUCCCUUUACACAGUAUGUCCUACAGAGAUUCUGGGAGUUAACCAAGAGCUGUCCACAGCCAUGUCUAGAGUGGAUGUCGACCCAAGUAACCAGAAACAAACUGGCUAGUCACUGGCUCCUUAACCAGAUGGAGAGUUGGGUGGAACCUUAUUUAAUAGCCAACAACAAUGUUAGAGUCAGAAAUGCUACUGCAUGUCUUCUUGUAUCCUUAGUGCCAAGCAAUCACUUUCGCCAAACAUUUGUAGCCACACGUCGCAUCCUCAGUCCACAAAAGGAAAUAUCAAUAUCAACGGAGGGAAUAAUUGUAUUACAUCAGAUCUAUACCCAUUUGUUAAAUCUCCUACAACGUGCCAAAGUGUACGCGGAAUCUCAGAGCCACGGCACAACCAAACUGCUGAGUUACUUCACUGUACUGACCUACUGUCUCAUCACUAGAGAGGAGAAACUCAUGUUCUCCAGUUACUUCGGUGACCUAUGGCAGCUGUUUCAACCUCGGCUCUGUGAGCCACAGAUUUCCAUGCAUCACAACAAACAGGCACUGCUGUACUUCUGGUAUCAAGUUUGUCAAGAUUGUCCCGAGAACAUCAAACUCAUUGUCACCAACCCCCAUGUGUGUAAGCAGAUAGCCUACAACUACAUCCUAGCGGACCAUGAAGAUCAGGAGGUUGUCAUGUUUAACAGGAUCAUGUUGCCAUCCUACUAUGGCCUGCUGAGGAUGUGUUGUCAACAAUCACGCUCCUUCACUCGAACUCUAGCCCAACACCAGAACAUCCAGUGGGCCUUCAAAAACAUAUCACCAUACCCUGCCCAAUACACACUGGCUGUUGAGGAACUGUUUAAGAUCAUGAAGAUGAUGGCAACAAAAUACCAAGACAGCUCUGAAGAUGAAAUCCGCUCCGUCAAUCUCUUUAAACGCAACAUGAUGCAAAUGUUCCUCAACUUUCUAGACGCACGCUCUAUGUGGCAGACACUCAUCAGUGCAUUGAAGGUUUUGAUAGACACAACUGACGAUAGACUGUUGCUGAUAUACCAACAGGGUCUCCAAAUGAUCACAGAGGCUUUCAACACGCUACAUGUGAUGUACCAUGAGGCAACAGCAUGUCAUGUGACUGGUGAUAUUGUUGACCUUCUCUCCAUUCUUCUACCUGUCCUCAAGGUGGCAAGACACUUCCAUGAAAAGAAAGGUAACUCUGCUGAUGUGAACACAGUACUACAGAGUUGGAAAGACAGGAUGGAGUUUGUGAAGAAAUUACUCACACUUCUAAACUCCUAUACACCACCAGAGAUACGCCAUAUCUCAAUAGAGGUAUUGCGAGAGAUGAUCCUGACAUUCCAGAGCGAGUGUGUCCAUACAGUUGUCCCAAUUCUUACCCAGGCACAUGUGGCCUUCCAGGAGAGUAAUCUUCCAAUGACAAUGGGUCCAUAUUUCCCUCGGAGAGGACAGAAACCGAUAGGUCCAAAGUCCAAUAUCCGACCACCACGACCCCAGUUCAACAUGAUGUUGCACUCCAGCCAGAUAGAAGCUACAAAAGGAGUGGAUGAUAUAUAUGACAACGCACUGUUGGAUUUCUUUUCUCCUUAUCAUGCCCUGGUAGAUCUUCUAUGUCGUGUUGCUGUCAAUCAUCAGAGCCUCAAUGAGGCAAUUAUCAAUCUUAGUGCAAUGGUUGCUAUAGAAGGAGUUCCUUUACACUCUCCAUACUUUGCCAAGUUGUGGUACGAGAUUUAUCAUUCAGAGGUGGACAGAAACUGUAUCAGUAUCCUGUGUAAUAGUAACAUAUUUAUUGAGUAUGUAGACUCAGUGCUACUGGAUGAACGACUGUCACUCAGCAAUCACAACAUUUACCAGUUUCUGUGCAAUUUCUUUCCUAAGGUGUUCCAACAAGUAUUAAACGAUCAAGGGAGGUCACUUUUAGACAGUCUAGUGGCAUCAGUGACAGCUGAAAAAGCUGCUGCAGAGAAUAUCAGAUCAGAGAGAGAUUUCCUGAAUAUUUGCUAUAGAAUUAAUGGGGACCUGCGUACCAUGCUUCUGAUAUUCUCAGUACAGCCCCCAAAGCAGCUGAACUCUCUCUUGGUGGAUAGUCUACAGUACAUCCUCCAAGUGUGUCGUCAACAUCAGCACCAACGUGCAGCUGACACCUCACAGCGACCUAUGGCCCGUAAGCGGUCAGGUUCACCAGGUGAUAGUGGGGAGGAGGAGACAACUGAAGAAGCAUCAGGUGAAACCUCAGCAAAGAAACAAAAAUUAUCCAGUGAAGUGUCUGAUGAAUUGGUUAAGAAUGCAGUUGAAUCCGAGAAAUCCACAGCAGCUACAUCUAAAGAGGAUCCAAGUGAUGAUAAGGUAGAGAGCAAACCAUCCAAUCAAAAUGUCAUCUCUGAGGGUACUGACCAAUCAAAGUCAGAUUCUAGUCAAGUGGACUCAGCAGAGAAAGAUAUGUCAGAGUCCUGCUGUGAGGGCAGCACGACUAAGGAAGACAGUGACCAGGAUUCUGAUGUGGUGAUUGUGAUCCCGGCAGAGGAUGACAAACCCGGUGUGGACAGUAAGUCAGAGGUUGAAGGCCAAUCCAACACUGACAAAAAAACUAGUGUAGAAACUACAUUGGAAACAGAGGAGACCAAGGUUCCAGAAGAGAAAUCUGGGGAAAAUGAGGUUCAGUCUAAGGACGAGACAAUAAAGGAGAGUGAUGAACCAGAGCCUGGCCCUUCUAGUCACUGUCGUAAUGACAGUCAAGAACACUCUAGUGGUGAGUCUCGACAAAGUUCCAGUGAUGAAAUGCCCCGGUCGCGAGAGCGGCCAACCAUUGUGGACUACGUUGCCAAGCAUAUAGAGCAUAUAAUUUGUUCUUAUGGAAAAGCAUUGAAGUAACUAUAGGGCCAAUUGUUGAAGUCUUUCUUACUAUCCUCAUAGCAUUACAGUGUGCUGUUGUUUAGUAUACGAAGCUAUGAUUAUUGUUUUCUUUUUAAUGAAGAUGCUAUGUUAAGCUAUUUUUUUCUCCCAAUGGAGAAGUAUGUUUACUAGUGAAUCAGUAGGCUUAACUCUGAGCUUAGCAUUAUGUGAUGUCAGCAACUAUUACUUGAGAUGUGUUUGAAUUGUUAGUGAGAUCAAGUGUUUUUGUUAGUGGGCGUGAGUUGGUGUGAAUUGACUGUCCUCAAAAGUCACUAUUAGAUUUGUAAAGCAUACACUGCCAGGCUUAUCAGCUAGAGUUUGUGAUUCAAGGUUGUGAUUUACCACCAGCUAUAAGUGUUUGUCACUGAGCCAUUUGCUAUGUAUUUCUAGGUAAAUUUCCAGCAUUUAUUUUUUUGUUUCUCUGAUGAUGUAAUCAGGCGUGAGUAUUUAAUGGGUGAAUCAUAUGUUUAACAUUUUAAUUUCAGUCAGACUUGAGAUUAAUCCUUUUAGCAGUAUUAUUAAGUGAUUGAAAUUGAAAUUAGAUCUACAUCUGUUACUUUGACUGCCAUUUAAUUGACUUCCCAAUAGAUAUUUAAGUAUAAAGUAAAUUUUCAUUUUCAAUUAAUUUCACUUUAAUUGGACCAAUCACACUUCUUUCAUUUAUGGCAUCCAAGAAAGUUCAACCAGUUUUGCUGAAUUUGUUGAUCAAAUGGCAAGAGGUUUGUUGGUGUGAUUUUUUUUCUAACAAGUCCAGUCAAAGGUAUUCCAAACCUGACAUUGUAUUUACAUUACCCAAGGUUGAGAAAACAAAGUAAACUUCUUCCUCCUUCAGUAUCAGAGGAGUCAAUGAAGAUGGUAAAGAAUGAAAAUAAACAAGUUUGGACUGUUACACCCACACUGGAAAAUUAUGUGACCUUUGAAUUUGACCUCCAAUGAAAUAUCAAGUGCCCUGUACCAGACGAUAUUUAUAAUGUUUACAAGAUUUUUCUGAAACAAUGAAAUGUAUUCACUGAAUUUCAGCCUACUAAUAAACUUGUUCCCUAUUCAACCAAGUCACAAAUCCUUACUUUGAUAUAUGGAUUCAUUGACAAAUUAAUUACUGCAUAUAACACCUUCCUGAUUGGGAAGGAUGAUAAAUCAUCAAAAAUAACUCACCAAUAAAUAUUGAUAUUGAAUUAUUUUGACGUCUUCUUUCAACUGUAAUAAUUGUUUCAGAAAAUUUUCCUAAAAAACUCUCAAGUCCAGAAGGAUGAUUGGCUAUUACAGUUUUUCCUAAAUUUUCUAAAGCGGCAUUUGUGUAGAAAGUUCUGAUACUGAUUGGGCUUUUUAUUUUUGUCGAUUUCAAAGCAUAUUUGUAUUUAAAAAUAUAUGUAUGGAAAGUUCUGAAAUUGAUUGGAUUUUUUUUUUACUUUUGUUGACUUGAAACAUGCAUGUAUUUUAAAAAAUUUAUCUAUAGAAAGUUCCGAUAUUGAACAGACUUUUUGAUUUUUGUCGGGAAUCAGUGAAAAGGUUGGUGUCUGUAAUCUUCCUUGAGCUUACAUUUACUAAGUGCUCUUUCUAGUCAAACUUUUUGAUGAGGUUGUCAUCACCUGUUCAAGACAAAUACAAAUGAAUGGGAUAAGCUGUUCUGUUGUUAGUAAUUACUUUUGCUGCAUAAUCUGUUACAAUACUGCAUUUUGUGAGAUGUUUCUGAAAGAUGUUACGGUAAAUAGAAGAUACCUGCUGUAUUUAUCUUGCAAUUAAAGCUAAUGUUUGAUAAUAAACCCAUCCAUGUGUUAUACAGAAGAUGCUGUUUCAUUGUUCUGUAAUGAGCCCUGGCCUGGAAUCUGAGGUUAUAUGUUGUCUUAUUGCAGGAGAAUACUAUGUUAUAAAGUAACACUGUGAUGAAUAGAAUAUUAUCUGAAAGCAAGUACACAUAACAUAAAAAUAUGAUACUGCUUUACAUGUACAGUAUCAGAAUGUGAUUGUUAUAUUUUGCUAUGAUUGUGCACUCUCCAGAUCUCGUUUUUGAAUGUUUCAUUGCAUGACAUAGUCCAUAAUCAGUGCUGCCCAUGAUUUUCACAUCCUACCACCAAGUGGUUCAUAUCUUUUUGGCUCCAUACUGGUUCACAUCUGUUUGUGUUCAGAGAAGCAAUAUGACUUGCCAUGAGAAAGCAUCUGGUUUAUCAAGGAAAAUAAUCCUGUAAUCAGUCUGUUGAAUGUGUAAUUGUAAAUUUUACCAUGACUUUUGAAAUUUUACACUGAAUCAAUCAUCUGAUCACUGAUCUUUGUGCUUUAGGCUUAUUGUCAGUUUAAUCAGAUUACACGUGGAGGACAUUUUGUUUUGAAGCUUCUUAAAAGUAUUGGACCAGUAUCCCUUGUCAUGGCUUGUCAAAAUCUGGUGACUUCUAGAUAGAUGUGUGAUGUGUGGAGCUCUUCCGACAUCUGAAUACAGCUAUUCAUUAGUAUUGUGAUGUUGUGAGCAGAGAAAUUUGUUCUAUGUGGUAUGUAUGUUAUGUACCAAAGAAAUUUGAUCCUUGACCAAAAUGCAUUCUGUAUAUGUAUGAUAUUUUGUGUUUUUAUUUAUGACUGUCACCGAACUUGCUUCCAUACUUAAUGUGCUGAUAAUUCAUAUAGAAAUAAUGACAUCUUUUUGAACAAAUGAUU